UGUUGCCCCAAGCUCCUGCGUGCGACCGCUGCGUGCAAUGGCGAGCCUCACGGCUGGCGGCGUCAAGUCCAUGGGGGAGAUCAUCGGCGGCGAUGCGUCUUGCACCGACCAGAUCAAAAACACGUGGUUGCACAUGGCGGCGGCGCAGACGUACAAGCAGCUGGGCAAGCCCGAACGCUUCCAGUCCGACCCGCCCGCUGCCUUUUGCCUCCGCGACAUGCCUCUCCAGUGCGCGGAGCAAUCUGUGACCAUCAAGCAUUUGGUGGACUGGGUGGCAGUGGAGGAUGGCGCCGUGGACCACUUGGACAGCGUCGACGUGUACGACGCCAUGUGCGGGGGUAACUACAUGGCGCUGCCUGCGCCAUUCAAGCCGAACAAGGACCCAGGAGAACUCGCUUUUACCAUGCAGUUUUACAUAUUGCCGAAGGACCCCAACGGCGACCAGUACGUCCUCAAGUACGUCAGGUUCCAGGACAAGGUUCGGACCGACAUCGCCAAGGAGAUCUUCGUCGCGGGCACGGCGCUCUCCGUCCAUUGGGGGAACUCGAAAGACAUACAUACGCCGCUCAAGCUCUUCCUUUACAUGAUGGAGAGGUUGGGCGGGGUGCAGAUCCGCCAUUGGGCCCAGCCGUCCGCGGUCGCAGCCAUUGCGGGCGGCGGCUACGCGAACAACCGCAACCAGUUCGUGGAGUGGACCGACGAGAUGAUUCACGACGAGAGCUCGCCGAUCUUCGGUUGGCAAGCGUCUGAAGUCAAGGAGUCGCUCCGCAAUUACGCCGCGGGUUCUGUUGGUGCGAAGACACUCGAGCGUUGGGCGGUCACGCUCAAGCGCUUCCACCCAUUCGUGUUCGACAACAUCGUUGCCCCCAUCCUCAAGAGCCACGACGUGCACGGGACCAUGUGGAUCGGCAAAACGAGGGUCGGCAAAUCCACUGCGUCGAAGACCAUCGGCUUCGCGAUCUCAGCCUACCAAAUAGACAAGAGAGGUCGUGCCGACCUCCGCCCGAGCAUUGUCGCGACCAAGAAGAUCGACUUCUUGCGCCUCGAGCCUGGGGCCGCGUUCAAGCCCGCGAUCGCGGACGACACUGUCCUCGCGAAGUGCCCCCCCGACGAGAUCAAGGCAUUCCUCGACCCUGCCGAGGAGGACGCGCUGCUGUGGGCGAGGUGGGGCGGCGCCUCCUUCGGGCAGAACCAGUCUCGCCAGAUCUGCGUCAACCCGUACAAUGACGAGUUCGAGAGGUCGGUCCGUUCCAUCCGCCUUGACAAGGAAGAGGUCGCAUUCGCAGACUUCCUCAAAAUCAUCGAAUGCAAUUUCGUUGGCGAGAAGCAGGGGAGCUACCAGAUGGCGGACGUGGAGGCGUACCUCGCGAGGUCCAACAUAGUGCUUCUCACUGAGGGCUGGAUGUACAUGCGUUUGGCGUCCACGACAAAGGAUCCAGUACCCCGCUUCCCAUGGCCAGUUCCAGAGAAGCCAGACCUCUUUACGCCCGAGACCACCCCUAUCCUGAAGCGCUUCAAGAAGGACCAGACUUUCGCGCCGCCCGACUACGACGUGACCAUGAAGUGGGCCGUGGCCGCCAUGAAGAAACUUGCCCGCGGCGAUGACAUCGGGCGUUCGUCGACGGUCCGCGGCCCCAUGCUUUUCAACCAGGAAGCGCCCCCGAGGCACAAUUUCCCAGAUUUGGACAUUGACUUGGACGUCGCCAGCGCAGCCGCGGCCCCCGCGCCCGCCCGUCCAGUUAACCCAGAUGAAGAUGACGAAGCCUUCGGCCACGGCGCGGGCGCGGGCGCCGCCGCCGACCCAGCCGAAGAACCAGACGUGUUCGGCUUCGGCGGCGGGAUGGACGGCGACGAGGCCCCCCCCGCAACGGAUGCCGCUUCGGCGCCGCCCGCGGCUCAGGUGCCCAUCAAGCGAGAGCCAGGGGCUUUCCGCUUUCGGCUCAAGAGCGCAGAGGGUCGCGGCGUCAUCGAUUUGAGCACGCCGACCCCCAAGAAGAGGCGCUCGUCCAUCGAGGAUGAGUUGGCGCAGCUUCUCGACGAGGACGGGGUAGUUGGCACCGCCGCGGCGAGCUCGACGGAUGGCCAGCCGACGGCGGCGCGCCAGUGA